AACAACAACGACAAUCAUCAAUAUCAUCAUCAAUCAAACGAAUCAAACAGACCGCAACUUGAGAGCACAUCACAAAUUGGAGGAAUGGCAAACGCAACAUUUGUUGAAAAUUGGAACAGUAUUAUUCCACAUAAGAUAAAAGCUUCGGAGCUUGAACACCCAACAGAGUCUUUCGUGUUUCGAAACAUUGUCAGUUUUUUGAAAAUGCUGAAGUACGACGUAACGGAAUUUGAAAAUAUGUACACCGAGCCCAAAGACGUAUUACUACUGAAAAGAACGAAUCUGGUAGCUCAUAUAAACUACUUCUAUCAACUCUGUCUAGUUUCCAAACAAAGCCAGUUCUUUUAUGUUGACCUGAUCAAACCAUCACCGAAGAAAACAAUUCAUGUUUUAAACAUACUUCUUAACUACCUGUUGUACGUAAAUAUGGUGAAAGAUGAUGCGGUUGAAAGGGCAACCCAUUGCACUGCCAGGUAUUAUGAAUUAACAGAUAAGAUGAAUCAGCAGCGAUGCGAAAUAGAAAAUCACAAAAUCAAACUGAGCAAUAUUGAGCAAAACAUUUGUCGCAUGAAAGAUCAACUUCCACAGCUGGAACAGGAAAAUGAAAAACUACGGAAAAAGCAGGAGGAGGUGAAAGAUAAAAUUCGCAGCAUUAAAUCGGCUGAGAACGACUAUGAAGAAAAGGUUAUUAAAUUAAAAACUGAUCUUGCUACUCUUAAGGAACAGCGUAUUGAAGAUGAAGAUGCGGCUGCUCUUAUCCAAAAAAACGAAGAGCUUGAAGCAGAAAUAGAGGAAUGCGGCAGGCAGGAAAAAUCGUAUCAGUUGGCUAACUCCGAGUACACUACUCUUAUCGGGCAAAUUCAGCCGUGCAUAUUGGUCUUAGAAGACAUACUUCAAAAUCCUCUGGAUAAUUCCCUAAGUUCAAUCAAGGCAGAAGUUGACACACUUCAGUUGAACUGCUUGAGACUGGAAAGGGAUAGCUCAAAUAAACAAACUGUUCUGGAAGCUUUACAGAAAAAUUGUGAAUCUAUUCGAGCUUAUCUUGAGGCCAAAGAGAAAGAGAUAGAAAUUCAGCGAAAGUUAAAACGGAAGACGGAGCGAAAAACUGUAGCCGAUCUCAGUGAAAAACAUGAACACUACGACGAACUACGAGAGAAAAAUGACGAACAUUUGGAAAAGAUUCAAGUAUUGAAAGAGGAAAUACAACUAAUUAUGCAGAUGGCGGAUGACACAAUCAAAUUUCUGAUGCGAGAUCCAAUAAAAAAAGAGAGUAAAUUUGUAUGAAGAAACA